AGAGACUGCCAGCGCAGGGACCAGAGGAGCAUCACCAUGGACCCUUCAGCCCUUGACAUGGCCAUCCAGCAUGCACUGGCAGGGCUCUACCCGCCUUUUGAAGCCACUGCCCCCACUGUCCUGGGUCAAGUGUUCCGGCUCCUGGACUCUGACUUCCGGGGAGAUGGGCUGAGCUUCCUCUUGGAUUUCCUCAUCCCUGCCAAGCGUCUGUGUGAGCAAGUGCGGGAAGCAGCCUGCGCCCUCUAUACGCACUGCCUCUUCCUGCAUGAGGGCUGGCCGUUGUGUCUGCGGGAUGAGGUCGUGGUACACCUGGCACCACUCAACCCGCUCCUGCUACGUCAGGGUGAUUUCUACCUUCAAGUAGAGCCCUGGGAGGAGCAGUCUGUCCACAUGACGCUCAAGUGUCUCUCCUCAGACCUCCGUGAGGUAGACAAGAAGCCUAUUCCUGAGUCCUUCUACUCUCUGAUUUUCACCCCAGAAUGGUUGGAGGCCAUCAACAAUGACCUUGAGGGACGCCCCUUACACAACUGUCUCGUGGCUUCAGAAAAUGGCAUCACACCUGUGCCUUGGACCAGGAUUACCAGUCCAGAGUUUGUAGAUGGCAGACCCCCAAUAGUGAAGGUCCCUUCCUCAGAUGGGGAUUCCUGUCCACUAGAAGGCCUCCAUCUGAGCAGCCCCCAGGAGCCAUACCAGGCUAGUGACUUUGGCAGCAAGGGGUCUGUGACCCAGAGCUGGGAUAAGGAUAAAGGGAAGUUGUCUGGGGACAAGUAUCCUGGGCUCAUCAAGGUGGAGCCAGCAAGGUCAGGACAGAUGGCCUUCAAGAUAGACAGUGAGGCCAGCCAGUGCCUGGAGGGGGACUAUGUGGCUCUCCUGGGCUUUCCCCAAGAGUUUAGAGGGCCAUCUCCAGACAGCAAGGUAGUGACAAGAUCCAGAACUAAGGGGACACCUUUGCUUGGAAGGGUCCCACCUCUCUCAGGGCCCCCUGAGGCACUUCCCUUGGGAAGAUGGCCAAGUGCAAAGCCAGCAGGCUCAGGGGAGAAGCUCUGUAGCGGGGGCUCAAGGAAAAAGGCCAGACAUAAAGCAUCUGGCAACUCUGCAGUUCAACAGCCCCAGCAGCUCCAUGCUAGCAUCCCAGAGAAGCUGCUGGACUGUACCUCUGGCCUGGUGGAAGACAUUGAAGAAGAACCAGCAGCCUCCAAAAUGCAAAAGCCUUUGGGAAUGCCAGAAGCCAUGGUUCAGCUCAGGCCUGGGCCAAGACAAGUAUUCUCUCCCCUCCUGUCUUCAGCUGGCCCUGUAGCCCCAGCGUCUGAGAAAAACACAGAGGAGACCACACCAGGACAUGGCGGAGCUUCCAAGCCUGAGUACUGCCUCAGUAAGAACAUCUCAGGCCACGGGUCCCCAGCUCCUGGGCUCCAGUUUUCCUACUUGAAAGAACAGAGGGCACCUCUUGGGAACCCCGAGAAGGGCCAGCUCACCAAGCCUUGGAAGGCCCUGUGCCCCCUCAACUCUCUGCAGCCUUGUGGAGCCAAGGCCCCAGGCAAAGAUGGAACAACUCUCCCCACAACAUCUGGCUCAGGCACACUGUCUGGGGAGCCGCCUGGCUUCCGGAGAGAUUCUGCAGGUCUCCCAGGAGGAGGACUUCGCCUGGAGGAGUGUUCUAGGCCCAAGCCCAGGAUUGUGACUCUGGGAGUCAAGCUUCUCCACUCCAGGAUAGCCUGCCUGCCAGGAGGAAGGGACAAGGUGGGGCGGCCGCUGCUUCUGGUGUCCACUGCGGAGGAAGCCUGGGAGGCACCAUGGUGUACUGCCUCGGAGGUCGCAGAGUUGCUCUCCUACUUAUGCAGUGUUCCCAGGUAAGGGGAUAAAGCCAAGGGGCUGCUGGUGGUGAUUGAUGCCAGGAAAGGGACCCCAGAGACCUGGUCUGGUCACGCCCUGCAGAACAUACAGGCUCUGCCUCCGACCUCCAUCAGUAAAGUGCUCCUCCUGGGGGAGAAGGCGUCCAUUCUCCAGUUACCUGUACGAUCUGUCCAGGUGGAGGUACUGACCUCAUUGAAGGCCCUCAGAAACCACGUGGACCCUAACCAGCUGCCGGAGGCUCUGGAGGGCCCCUUUCCCUACCACCACAGCGAAUGGGUGCAGUUCUUCCAGAAGCUGGACCCGUUCCUCACCGAGCUUCACCAGGCCUCAGCCCUGCUUCAGGCUUCCAUCCAAGAGUUUGAGAAGGGUGAACCCCCUGGUGGGGUGGAGGAGGCUACCAGGUGUCUGAGCAAGUCCAAGGAACUGAUGGAGGCUGUGCUGAGGGACCCGGGCCUGCUGGCCCUCCAGAGGGAAGGCGGAACUACUCUGGCCAGCUUGCAGCAGGAGGCCAGCGGGCUAAAUGCUAACCCUGAUGUCAGGGACCAUCUGACGGAGGCUGCUGCCCUGUACAACCUUGUGGACGAUCAGCUUCAUGUCUUGGUCACUGCGUCCAAUCAGCUCCUCCGAAGGCUGGAGCUCCGUGUCCGCCUGGGCCACCUGGAAACUGCCAUCCACCAGGUCAGUGACUGGAUGCGGGGAGAAGGCAGCCGAUGUCUGCAGGCGCUUGCUCCUGUUAAUGUAUGUGCAGGGACAGUGGAGAAAGUCCAUGCCGACUUUGAGGAUUUCUUCCUGCAGGUUGCGGCCCAGUAUCGCCAGGGCCUGGAACUAUCCAAGCAGGCGGCCCAGCUGGGCACUGCGGAGGAAGGGGCAGGAGAGACAGAGCUCCCAGACCUGGUAGCCUUCGCCUCCACCCAGCAGGCCUUCCAAGCCAGGCUGACACACUUCUACAUGGCGGCCGAGAGGCAGCGCACUGACCUGGAGACCCUGCUCCAUCUCCACCGCUUCAGAAGGAAGAUGUCUCGGUUCCACACGGACUGCAAGGACCUGCUAACCCAGCUCAGUCUGGGCAAGGCUGUGAAGGCCAGCCCUGGGGACCAGAUCCACCUCCGCCUCCACUGUUACCUGAAGCGCCUGGCUUCCGAGUUCCAGACGGAGAAACUCCUGGCCAUGAAGCUGCAGGUGGCUUCCCUGAGCCAGCCGGGCCUGGGCCAGGAGUUGUGGGAAGAGUCCUGGGAGCGACACCAGAAGAUCCAGAACUUGCUGAGGAAGGCGCUAGCCUACUGCCCGUGCCCAGAGGUCCCUGCUGCCUACUCGGCGCACAUCGAUCAAAGCAGGCCAGCGGCUAAGGGUCAGGGUCAGCCUAGAGAAGUGGGUUCCAAAUGGGACAGGUCUCCACAGGACAUUCUUGCUGUGGAUCGAGUGUUAAAAUCCCAGCGGUCUCCCCGGGCCCCUCAAGGGGAGCAGAACAGAAACAUGUGGGCAGGUCUGCUAUCCCCAGAACCUGGCCAGUCUGUGGAGCCUGAGGAAGGCAGAGGUGCCCCCAAGCUCCCGGAUCCCACCCUGGAACGGCUCCUUGCCUCCCUCUUCUCCUGGCCACACCUUCCCAAGCAGAGAAAGGCCUCCCGUCCGACUGGGGGCAGCUUUUCCUCGGAAGGAACGGACUCACAGACAUCCCUGGAGGACUCGCCCCACACAAGCCCUCCUGCGUCCCUCUAACUGGAUCUGAACCACCACGUCAGCUCCCAGGGCUGUGAUAGGAUCCACAGAGCCCAUGCCACUCCAUCAAAUAUGGCCGUGGAACAACGUUAGGACCAUCUUCCAGCUCCAGAAAACUCCAAGACGAUGGGUGAUUAGCCACACAGAAUAGGGCUUGUGGGAGUUAGAAUCCAGACUCAAUAAAAGGACAUUUUUAUUGA